AUGGCAGACUUCGACGCCCCCGCCGGCCCCCCGCCGCCAAAAGUGCCAGAGGGCUGGGUCGCACGAUGGAACGCUCAGUACAACGAAUGGUUCUACGUCAACACAUACACCAAGAAGUCACAAUGGGAGAAGCCCACAGCUCCCGCCGUGGAUCCCAACUCCGACGCACCCGCUGGCCCACCGCCGGGCUACACCCCAGGCUCGGGUCCCACGCCAACAGACAGCAAAACAAAUCCCUUUGCUCGAGAUACCACCGGCGGAUCGAGUUCUCGUUACGACGAAGAUGCCGACGCCCGUCUUGCGCGCCAGCUCCAGGAAGAGGAGAACGCGCGCUCCCGCAGUAGAGGAGCAGGAGGAGCCGCGGCGUCAUACAUGAGCAACCCCGGCGCAAGCGGAAGUCAAUCGUCUUUCCCCGAUCAGUUGCCCCCGCGCUCGUCCGGCGGCGGCUCUUCCGACAAGGCGAAAGGCCUUCUGGGCAAAUUCUUCGGCGGCAGCAAGAAUAAGCAUGGCGAUUCAUACGGUGGCCAAGGCGGCUAUCCUGCUCAGCAGCAUGGAUACAACAACUACAGCAGUCCCCCGCCGCAGCAAGGGUACUACGGCGGUGGUCCUCCACCGGGACAGUACGGAGGUGGCUAUGGUCCCCCAGGUGGACAGUAUGGUGGUGGCUAUGGCGGGCCAGGGCCGUACGGCGGUGGAUACGGUCAACCUGGAUAUGGUGGCGGCUACGGUCAGCCCCCUAGAAAAUCUGGUGGCGGCGGCUUGGGAGCUGCCGGUGGUGCAGCGCUUGGUGUCGGUGCCGGUCUCCUCGGUGGUGCAUUGAUUGCUGAUGCUAUCAAUGACAACGAACAGGAAGCGUAUGCCGAUGGCUACAAUGACGGCGCGGACGGUGGAGACUUUGAUGGUGAUUUCUAA